AUGUUUGUCAACAGAGCGAUAAGACUCGAUGUGGCGUUGAUCAUCCCAGGGGAGGGGUCGACGAUACUACUACAGAACACGGGUGUUGAUGUGAACACGGUAGAGGGACAGGGAUCCUACUACUUUUAUCUGUGUCAGACAGAGGAAGCGUACAGCAACCCACCAGCUCUGGAGCCGGGGGAGGAGGCGUUCGGCCACAUACUGGAAUGUCAGACCUGGGGGUCCCGGGUCAAGACAACCACCCUAACAGUGACCGUCGAAAGGCCACUCCGGAGUAAUGAGGAGGUUGUCCUACGGCCCGAAACAAAACUUGGAGGCGUUGACCAAGCGGAGGUACAAGAUGUGGGAGGAAAAGAGGUAUGUUUAAGGAAAAAAAACAAGUCUUUCCAACUCUCAAAUGAAGCUGUUACGCUCAAACCGGAUGUGGAACCAGAGGCGGAAAUAGCCAUUCCUGCUGGCACGUUUGAGUCGGGGGAAUUGUCAAUAAAGUUCGUGGAUACCGCUGAAGUAAAUGAAGAAAUCAAGGAGAGUGAAGAAUCUGAGAAUGCCUCAGAUGGUCCUAUGUUGAUGACGAAUGUCCUUGACCUCUCCACUACUGACGGACAACAACCUACCAAAGACAUAGAGAUGAGAAUUCCGGUAAAAACAAAAGACAAAACGGAGGAGUUUUUAGUGCUGACGUCAUCAAACCCCGACCCAAAUCUGGAGGAAUGGGUGUGGGAAAAACUGGAGGCGGAAAUAGAUGAUGCUGGCAAGGCUGUGUUCAACAUAAACCACUUUUCAAUAUAUGCUGGAGCUGCAAAGAAAACUGUUCUUAAAGAUGAAAAGACUGUUGAGGCUGCAAUUCGCCAAUCUUACUUAAAAAUGAGGAAAAUUCAUUUCUUGGUCAUGGUAAACAAACCACAGCCAAACGCUACCAAAACUGACAUUACCAUUAUGUGUGGCACACAGCGUAAAACGAAAACAGACAAGAAAAAAAUGUACAAAAGGUCAUGCGAGUGCUUUGAUAGCGGGACAGACUUGUUUGAGGUACCGGAGGGACAGAUAUUCCAGAUACGUCUAGGAGACGGUUUAAAAGAAACCUCAGGUAACGAACAUUUGACUUUGAUAUUCAAAAGCAGCGACUCUGUAAGUAAGAGAACAUUUGAGGUCACGGGCUUUGAUCCCAGCCUUCACGAACUGAAUGGAUCGGUGGAGAUACUAGCCGUUACAAGACAUUACCCCAUUGUCGAGGUUGAAAAAGAAGUAGGAAUAUUUUGUAAAAAGAUGAAGACGGUCCAGGUCAAAUCCAAAGAGUAUACAGAAAAGAUGGCGACCAUGGUUACGGUCCCGAUCAGUGUAAGACUCGUAAAGAAAGAAGCGAACGAAGACGAUGACCCAAGUACCAUGGACGAGCUCGAUAUGAAAGACAAAUGCAUUAUCCCUGCCUUGAGAUGGAAGAACUUGCGCGAGACCAUGAAGGAGUUGUCAGAAGAAGAAGCGUUACAACUUGGGGCACAACUCGGAAUAAAGCCAGACGUACUCGAUGAGAUUCGGGAGAAGAGUUCUGAAAGCGACAUCGGCUUCAAUAUUAUUUUCAAAUGGCGACUAAAACUGCCAGGCAACCACCAGGCAAUGCAGCUUCAAAACGCAUUCGUAGGCAUCGGUAAAACCCAGAUUGCCGGACGGAUGUCAAAUCAGGGCUUGGAGGAGCAGCAGCACGAUACUAGUGGAGAAAUGUCCACUUCCGAGGAUUGAGUAUAUUUUUCUGCAGGUAACUAAUUUUUCAUCAAAGCAUUAGUUACUAAUUUUUCGUUUAACAAGGAAAUAUGGGAUAAAAGGCCUGGUAGGGUUUGAUAAUGGCUCAUUUUAUUAGCUCAAAUGGUCCGAAUGACCUAGGUUACCUAAGGGCAUACCGUAGCUUUCGUCGUCAGUCCGUCCGUCCGUCAACAGAAAAACAACGACGUCUUCUUCUUAAUUACUGAUUGGAAUUUAACCUAAUUACACUUGAAGCAUCUGUAAGAGGUGGUGAUCUCAAACGCUACAAAUGGUGGAGCUGAACCCCAAGGGGCUCAGGGGCGGGACGAAAAGGGCGCGACAUAGCUAUAUUGCGACACACAAAUUUUCUUUCGAACUAAGCGCGAUGGAUAUCGCUUAUAUUUGACUUUCGGCAUCCCCAGGUAGUAGGGAUUCAAAAAAACUGCCAAUUGCGAGGCUGGCCCUACAGGGCUGAGGGGCGGGUCCAAAAGAAAUCAAUUCGGCUAUAUUGCAAAAAACGGCUUCUUGUAUUUUUGAAACGUUCAGAUUCCCCAUCCCAUAACCAUAUAUAUCAUUGCUGGGCAUCAAGAGAUAAACACCUGUUGUCAAAAUAAGCCAUGGGGUCUUCCACCAACCAAAGGAACUUUAUUUCUUAGAUAUAGCAUUGAAACUGUAUAGAUCUCCACUCUAUAACCAUAUAUAGCUUUGCUGGGCAUAUAGAGACAAAAACAAUCAUGAUGUAAUAUUGGCACUGGAACCUUUCCCCACCGCUAGGAGUUUAGUUUUCUUCGUUAUGCAUUUGAAACCGCUUAAAUUCCCACCUUAUCUCUUUACAUUGUUGGGCAUAAGAUAUAAAGAUAUAAGAGAUAAACACAAUCUUUUUGUGAAAAUAGACCUGGUGUCUGUCUCCAUCCCUUGGUACUUACCAGUAGUUUAUUGGUUAUAUUUUUGAAACCGUUCUGAUCCCCGCCCCAUAACCAUAUAUAACAUUUCUGGGAAUAAAAACAAUCCUGAUUAACAGGCCCAAGGGUCUUUCCUUACCCCUAGAGACUUAGUUCCUUGAUUUUAUAUUUGAAAUCGCUAAGAUCUCAAUCCCAUAACUAUAUAUAGCAUUGCUGGUUACCAAGAAAUACACACAAUGUCGUUGUAAAAAUAGGAUCUGGGGUUUUUCUCAAUCCCAAGAGACUUAGAGUCUUUGUUAUAUCUUUGAAAUCACUAAGAUCUCUACCCCAUAACCAUAUAUAGCAUUGCUGGGCAUCAAGAGGUAAAGACAAUCCUGAUGUUAAAAUAAGUCCAGGGGUCUUUCCCCAACCUCAGCUUCUUUAAACACAAUCAUGUUGUAAAUACCAUCCCUGGGUCUUUCACGCCCCUAGGUAGUCAAUUUAAAGUCAAACUCAAGUCAAUUUAAGGUCAAAUUCAAGUCAAUUUAAAGUCAAAUUCAGGUCAAUUUAAAGUCAAAUUCAGGUCAAUUUGAAUUGAGAUGAUGACAUUUUGCCUGUGUACACGGCUACACUUCUAUCUAUA